GACACAACAAAUCCAAUCUUCUCCAGUACAACAAGCAGCAGCAGCACAUGAGACAUCAAAAGCAAUAAUUAGUACAAUAAAGGAAUAUAUCAACCAUAACAUGGUUACACAAGCCAGCCUAAUCAACAAACUAAAUGAAAGAAUAGAUUCCUGCUUAAGUCAACAAGUACAUAAUGACCAAAAAACUCAGGAACCUGCAACCCAGGAGCCCCCUGCUGCAAUU